GUUUAUCUGUUUGCUUUUUAGGAAUGCACAUCAACAACCAUUACCUGCUGCAAAGCCUACUUGAUUCAAGUGAAGUUUAAUAUUUCAGCCAUCAGUACUACAAGAGUAGUAACAUUUACUGAAUCUCUUUUCUGUUCCUCUCUCUCUCUCUCUGUUCUAUUACUGGUCUGGCACUUGGCCGACUUCAGCCUUCGGAGCGGCGAUACUUACCACCGACUGAUAGACGCUUUUUACCUGGGCCUGGCGAUAUUUGUGGAGCCAACUCCAAGGCAAACUGGCUCUGAGUUUGGAUGAGAGCCUCUGGGAAGAGGGAAUCCACCAGUUUAAGACAUUCUUUAGCUUUAGGCAUCCGCGGUAUAAGAUCUUGCAUAGCCUCACUAUUCGCAACUACCCAUAGGCACUCCAUAGAACGGCGUCGAUAGCUGAACCUUAGCUAUCGUUGGGAGAGCACAACGCGGGCCAUUUAGGACAUUGUUGCACCGCGUCGACCAUAAGCAUGCCUGCCGCGGCCCCGAAAUCGUCGCAAUUGAAGCGCGCGCGGGGAACUCCAAAUGGGAGCCCGGAUAACGAGGUCAAGAAGCCGCGCCGCUCCGAACGUCUCUCAGUGCCUGAGCAGAAGACGCCAGUUGCGAAGGGCCACCUUCCCUCCCCUAUUAAGCAUCAGGAAUCGACGGACUCGAGCCAGGCAUAUAAGGAGGUGACAGCGACCCCGCCAGGAGGCCGUCCAAACCAGCUCCGUCACCGGACGCCCGGUCGCUCUCCGGAGUUGACGUCGGUGCUCUCCUCGCCGCCACAGGACACGCAGGCCUUCUCGCAGUACACGAACCCGAAAACUGCGUUGUCGGAAUAUGUGAAAGAUGAGGAAAAAGAGGGCGUUUGGGGGUAUCUUUUGCCUUUGAAUGCAGAGUACAAGCAGCCCCUGAUUAUGCGCAAACGGUCGGCGUGCCAGAAACCGCCGGCACUUGAUAAGCUGGGUGAAGCCAGUGAUCAAGGGAAUGCAAAGGAUGAGAAGCCAGAGGCGCAUUCGUCUGGUGGUUACUUAAUUGGUCGCCAUCCAGAAUGCGAUCUCCUCAUUGAGGGCCCUAUAGUCUCCAACAGGCAUUGCUUGAUAUUCGAAGAAAACAAGGGCGACCAAUCUAUUGCUGUUUUAGAGGAUUUGUCGAGCAACGGCACGUUUGUGAAUGAGGCGCUUAUUGGCAGAAACAAGAGGAGAGAGCUCAAGGAUAACGAUGAGAUCACUAUCCUCGACAAGGCCAGAUUUCUCUUCAGAUACCCACAGUACCGGGAAACAAGCGCUUUUCAGGAGCAGUAUGAGAUUAUUGAAAAGCUGGGCAAGGGCCACUUCGCAGAAGUCUACUUGUGCGUGGAGAAGUCGACUGGCCAUCGUUAUGCUGUAAAGGUCUUCACGAAGAACCCUGACCUUGAGGAGAGAUCCAAGACGGAAGGGUUACAGCAGGAGAUUGCCGUGCUAAUGGGUGUCUCUCAUCCGAACUUGUUGUGCCUAAAGGCUACGUUUGACGAAAAGCAUGCGGUUUAUCUGGUGCUAGAAUUGGCCAUGGAAGGAGAGCUGUUCAACCUGAUUAUAUUGAAGCAGAAGCUCUCAGAAGACGAAACGCGGAAGGUUUUCGUUCAGCUAUUCGAGGGGAUCAAGUACUUGCACGAGAGGAACAUUGUCCACCGCGACAUCAAGCCAGAGAACAUUCUCCUCAGCGACAAAGACCUCCACAUCAAAAUCGCCGACUUCGGUCUCGCUAAAAUCAUCGGUGAAGACUCCUUCACCACAACCCUUUGCGGCACCCCCAGCUACGUCGCGCCCGAAAUCCUCGAAGAUACCAAGAACCGCCGCUACUCGCGCGCCGUAGACAUCUGGUCCCUCGGCGUCGUUCUGUACAUCUGCUUGUGCGGCUUCCCCCCUUUCUCCGACGAGCUGUACACGCGCGAGGCGCCGUACACGCUACACGAGCAGAUCAAGAUGGGUCGUUUCGACUACCCAUCCCCAUACUGGGACCCAGUCAGCGACCUGGCGCUCGAGCUCAUCGAUAACAUGCUCACGGUGGAUGUGAAGAAGCGCUACACCAUCGACGACUGCCUCGCCCACCCGUGGACGACGCAGCGCCUGAUCAAUCUGAAUGAUAGCACAGACGGCCUCGUGAGUGCCGUCGCGGGGCUUGACUUCUCGAAGCGCAAGGUCGCGCGUGAGCGGACGCUGUUGGCGAGUAUCAAUGAUGUUAUGGUGAGCAAGGUGGUGGGCACGCAGAAGAGCAAGGACGCUGUGAAGGUGUUUGUCAAGAACCCCGGUAGUGAGAAUAAAGUCAACAAGUCUAUUGCGAAGGCUGUUGGGGACGGGCCCGCUGAGGCGCGGCCGGCGGAUAACAGGAAGCUGCAGGAGUUCAUGGCUGUGGGGGGUAUGGGAGACUCGCCGCUGUUUGCGGAUGAUGAGGAUAGCCAGUAUGCGACGAAGGGGUCUGCGGGGAAGAAGCGUUGAUGGG